AUGCACCUCCCCUUCCCAUUACCAACCCCCACCCCCGCCCUCAAAAAACGCCUCUACAUAACAAUCGCCUCCCUAAUCCUCCUAACCUUCGUCCUAAUCAUCGCCCGCAUAGCCGACAAAGGCACGCCCUCGGCCAGGACGAAUACGUGGGGUAUAGCCGUCUGCAUAAAAGCAGCCUUCUUCCUAGCCUACCAAGUGCUUACAACGUACCAACCCAAGCUCCAAAAAUGGGCGAGUCUCAAAGUGAACAUGACGCUCGAUAUUAUCGAUACGGUGUUUUGGUUUGCGUUGUUUGUUAUUAGUAUUAUGGGUGCGGCGGAGGGGAAGAGUACUAGUAGUCAGGCUUUGGGGGCGGUUGUUGCGGGGUUGGCGGUUGUUCUUUGGUGA